ACAAAGUACUUGUGAAUGCAUGUGUGCUCGCGCCCGUGCUCUUGCGUUAUGAUGGAAGGAAGACGAAGCUUCUUUCUCUCUCUACAGGAGGGACAGUGGGUGUCGACAUUGCUGUAAGCAUGUGAAGGAGGAGGAGCGUGGUCCCAAAAGGAGGUGCAGAACAGAAGAAGAAGAAGAAGACGACGAUCUCUCUUUCCAUCCGGCAGAAACCCGUGGCGUCCGCCGACUGCAGCGCUACCCAGCGGCUUGCUUCCACAUCUCCUUUUGGUUGACCUUCUGCUCUCACUCACUCACUCAUUCACUCACUACAUGAAAUAGAGAGGCGGGAUACCUGUGAUAAAAAUAUUAAAAGGUGCGAGAGAGAAAAGGAAAAAGAAGAAGAAAAUCGUCCUACCCAUGAUGCCAAUCUUCUUUCCUGCCUAGGGUUUAGCGGUAGGGGUUGGUCCCUUACCCUCCUCCUCAUGCUGGCCUCAUUGUUGUUGCUUCUUUAACCACCACUCUUUCAUUUACUGAAGAACAGGGAAAGCUGAAAACCCAGAAAGAAAAAGAGCAGAUAUUUUCACCCCCUUCCCUCUCCUUCUGCUUUUUAUCCUCUGUACUUCUUGCUUUUCCAUGAUGAGUGACAAAGAAGAAGCGAAGAAAAGGACCCCUUUUUGUUUCAAAAUUUUGAACUUCGUGCACUCCUCCUCUUUUGUGUCCACCAUUGCUUCUGUUUGAAGAAAUUGAGAGUCGAUUCUUUGGUUCUCUUGUAGGCCUAGAAGAGUGAAUCAUAAAAGAGCUGAGGUUUUCGCAGAGGAUGAGUUCCUCUUCUUCUGCUUCUUCUUAUCGGAUGUUCAGUUCUCUUUGUUGCUUUUCUUCUUCUUCUUCUUCUUCUUCUUCUUCUUCUUCUUCUUCUUCUUCUCCUCCUCCUCUCUAGAGUGGUGGUUGAAAGCUAUUGCUUUUUUUUUUUUUUUUACGUUUCAGCUUGUUUUUGGUGGGUGGGUUUCGGGUUUUAAUGAAGAUGUGGACUGGUGUUUGGAGAUGGGUGGUGGUGCUUCUCCUCUGCUCUUUGAGGACUGUAAUGGUUUCUGGCGGAAACUGCAAUGAAAACGAUUCGAAGGCACUAUUGGAGUUCGCAGGAAACAUGACGAACAGCCGGAUUUUGUCGAAUUGGAUCGCAGGAUCGGAUUGUUGCAGUUGGGAAGGUGUCUAUUGCGCAGUCGAGGCGACUGCGAACUCCAGCAGGGUGGAGAGGCUGGUGUUGAGGGGGAGAGGCCUGAGUGGGACUAUCUCAUCAUCACUGGGGCGAUUGAAUCGCCUGACUCAUCUCGACCUUUCGGUGAACUUGCUAGGAGGUGAGGUGCCGCCGGAGAUUUCAAACUUGGCAGAGUUGGAGUUCCUUGAUCUCAGCUACAAUGAGCUAAAGGGUUCCUUCUUCGGUUCCGCUGUAGGUGGCCUGGAGUCUGUCAGAUGGAUUAACAUUUCCAGUAAUCUCUUCAAUGGUAGUCUCAUUGAUUCAACUCCCUUGUAUCCGAAGCUCAUCAGCUUUAAUAUCAGCAACAAUUCAUUCAGUGGGCCUAUUGAAACCAACAUUUGCAGUCGGUCAGCUGCUCUUCGUGAUCUUGAUUUCUCGAAUAAUCGUUUCGAAGGCAAGGUUCCAGAAGGCCUUGUCAAUUGCACCUCUCUUAUUCGGUUGCUCUUGAGCUCGAAUUUCCUCUAUGGCGAGCUCCCUGGCGAUUUAUUUAGCUUGUCAACAUUGGAGGAAUUGUCGAUCCAUAGUAACGACUUUUCUGGUGGUUUAAGCGACGGAAUUGGCAAUUUUGCGAGGCUUCGCUCAUUGGAGAUCUUCUCUAACCAAUUCACUGGCCUUCUGCCUGAUGUAUUUGGAAAUCUUACCAAACUAGAGCAGUUGAUCGCGCAUUCAAAUCUGUUCUCUGGUCGAUUACCGCUUUCUCUCGGCCUCUGUUCUUCAAUGAGGACGCUUGACUUGCGGAAUAAUUCUCUUACAGGGAUCAUUGACGUCGACUUCACAGGUAUGAGUCAACUCAGGUCCCUUGAUCUGGCUACAAAUAAGUUUGAUGGUAGGCUUCCAACUAGCUUGUCGAACUGCAAAGAGUUGAAAACUUUGAGCAUAGCCAAAAACAGUUUCUAUGGCGAGGUUCCUGAAGAAUUCGGGAUGCUUCAAUCUCUUUCUAUUCUGUCCUUGUCCAACAAUAGCUUCACAAACAUCUCCAAGACGUUGAGGGUGCUGCAGAAUUGCAGUAACCUAACUACUCUCAUCCUGGCAAAAAAUUUCAAAGAAGAAAUGUUCCCUGAUGAUAUAGAAGGAUUUGAGAGACUAGUCGUUUUAGCAGUUGGGAAUUGUGGCCUUCGAGGACGGGUGCCUGCAUGGUUGCUUAAGUGCAGGAAAUUGCAGGUAUUGGAUCUGUCUUGGAAUGAUUUCAAUGGAGACAUUCCCUCAUGGAUUGGUGAAUUUGAGCACCUAUUUUACUUGGAUCUCUCGAACAAUUCUCUUACAGGAGAAAUACCCAUAAGUUUAAUACAACUUAGGAGCCUUGCUGGGACCUCUUCAUCGUUCAAUUCCAGCACAUAUAUGAAUAUACCUCUUUAUGUGAAGAGAAACCAAAGUGCCCAUGGUAUGCAAUAUAAUCAGGUCUCAGGCUUGCCACCAUCCAUAUAUUUGAGUAACAAUAGGCUCAAUGGAACAAUAUGGCCUCAAUUUGGCCAGUUGAGAGGCCUCCAUGUCUUAGAUCUGAGCAGGAACAACAUUACAGGAACAAUCCCUGAGUCCCUUUCGGACAUGUGCAACAUAGAGGUGCUGGACCUGUCUUUCAAUGACCUUCAUGGAUCUAUUCCUGUGUCCUUAAAUAAGCUUACAUUUCUAUCCAAAUUUAGUGUUGCUAAUAAUCACUUGUGUGGGCCAAUUCCUACUGGUGGACAGCUCUUCAGCUUCUCCAAGUCAAGUUUUGAAGGCAACCCUUGUCUCUGUGAUGGACCUUUAGCUCAUUGUAAUGAAACCAGCUUUGGAGAAGCAACAUCUAGCCUGAACAACGGAGCUGGAAGAAAAAGCAUUCUGGGAAUCACAAUAAGUAUAGGAGUUGGAAUUGCAUUGCUUCUAGCAGUAGUCCUUUUUAACAUGUCCAGGAAUGAGGUAGUGAGCCAAAUUGAUGAGGAAGAGGAUGCAGUUGGUCCUCCUCACAUAACUUCUGAUUAUUUGGGUGAAAAAUUAGUACGUCUUUUUCAAAACCCAGAAGGGAAAGAACUGACUGUCUGUGAUCUUGUGAAAGCUACCAACAAUUUUGACCAAGCAAACAUUAUUGGUUGUGGUGGAUUUGGUCUUGUAUACAAAGCAAACCUCCCAGAUGGCACAAAAGCUGCAAUCAAGAGGCUUUCAGGAGACUGUGGUCAGAUGGAACGUGAGUUUCGGGCUGAAGUAGAAGCUCUGUCAAAAGCUCAGCACAAAAACCUUGUUUCUCUAAGGGGAUACUGCAGAUAUGGUAAUGACAGAUUGCUGAUAUACUGCUACAUGGAAAAUGGGAGCUUGGACUAUUGGUUGCAUGAGAGGCUUGAUGGAGGUUCACAACUGGACUGGGUGACUCGUCUGAGAAUAGCCCAAGGCGCAGCUGAAGGUUUGGCUUACUUGCAUAAAGCAUGCGUACCUAAUGUUGUCCAUCGUGAUGUGAAGUCGAGCAACAUUCUCUUGAAUGAGGAGUUUGUAGCUCAUUUGGCUGAUUUCGGUCUUUCAAGACUGCUAAAGCCAUAUGACACUCAUGUCACAACAGAUCUUGUGGGGACAUUAGGAUAUAUUCCUCCAGAAUACAGUCAAACUAUGACAGCUACGUUUAAAGGUGAUGUCUACAGUUUCGGUGUUGUCAUCUUGGAGCUACUUACUGGGAAAAGACCUGUGGACGUAUGCAAAUCCAAGGGUUGCCUGGACUUGGUUUCAUGGGUCCGCCAAAUGAAGAUGGAGACAAAAGAUGCUGAUGUGUUUGAGCCAUUGAUAUGGAAGAAAGAGCAUGAAAAUGAGUUGUUAAUAGUACUUGAUAUUGCUUUCAAAUGCAUUAGUAUCGAUCCCAAGCAGAGGCCAUCUAUUGAGCAAGUCGUGUCAUGGCUUAAUGCUGUUGGUAAAAAAGAUGAACCAAUCAAGUAAUGGAUUUCAAUUUUUCAACUUUGAGACGGUGUGGGCUUUUGGAUUGCCCGUGCUGGGGAAACUUGGUUUUUUGGAGGGGCCAACGAGCAAAGCGCUGAAGGUCACAAAACUUCAAUCGGGCAGUAUUUUAACAGAAAAUUUUGUUUUGGUUAUGAAAUUGUUGUCGGCUGUCCCCUUCAGAAAUAUGUAAGUGAAUAUGGGAUUGUACACGGAAUGUGCCUCAGGUUUCAGUUGUUCCAUGUAAGUGAAAUCUGAUAUAGGCUUAUGAAGGCUGAAGAGAUAAACAUAUGAUGGUACCUCAUGGUGAUGAUCCAACCACCAUGGUUCAAAAGUUUCAAACCACAAUCUACUAACCAUCCAAUCCUUGUAUGUUGGUUUCUUAGAUUAUCUAUCCAUACAACUGUAGAUCCAUUUAUCUGACUCCCGGAAUGCUAUUUACAUAGUCUUGCCAUGCUUACUGUGUGCAUGUAUCGACUUGCAUUCACACAUAUAACCAUUCAAGGUCCAAGUAAAUUUUUGUUAUAGCAGUA